AUGUCAGACUUACCAUUCCGAGUCGGCGGCCAGACUGGAGCGGCGGGGAAGGAAGCAACAAGACGUUAUUGUUGUCCGGACAAGCCAGAUCUGCCGCUGAUCGCAGAGUUCGAUUCCAUAAGGUCAGGGGUCAACUUCAGAAGGCGGAAGUGUAAUGUGGUGCAGGUUGGUAAGGAUCUGCUAGGUGGAGUGCCUGAACAUGUCUGGGCAGUCAGGAAACUUGACAAUGAUUCGGUGGUGUCCGGGAUGAUCGUGGAAACGGAGGCGUACUGUGGUAGGGAUGACAAGGCCUCGCAUUCUUUCGGGAACAAGAAAACGGAGAGGAACGCUGCAAUGUUCAUGAAACCCGGAACGGCGUAUGUGUACAUCAUCUACGGCAUGUACCACUGCUUCAACAUAUCCAGUCAAGGGGAAGGGGCAGCUGUCCUGAUCCGUGCUGUCCAGCCGCUGACUGGUGUAGACAGGAUGAAGGUACAGCGAGGACAGCGGAGAGGAGACAAGGGGGCAGACCUGAAGACAGAACAGCUGGGCAACGGUCCUUCCAAACUGUGUCAAGCUCUGCACAUAGACAAGGACACAGUGAACCAGGAGGACCUGACCACAUGUCCCUUUAUAUGGCUGGAACCAGGGGAGGAUGUGAAAGACUCUGACAUCAUACACUCCACAAGGAUAGGGAUAGAUUCAUCUGGGGAGGAGUGGGCAAAAAAACCCUGGAGAUUUUAUGUCAAGGGGAACAGGAGUGUCAGUAUACGGGACAAAAAAGCAGAGAAGGAAACAGAAAAACUGUAAUGCUUGUACAUGUAUUGCUUACAAAAGUGUAGAAACACACCUGACAAAAACAAUUACCUCCCUUUCAAACUUCCUUUCAUGGCGAUUUAUAAUGAAAUGUAUUCUUGCAGUACCAAAGAAAAAUGCUAGAUGGUGCACUUACACAAUGUAUCACCAAACUAUAAGUACAUGUACCAUUCAAUGGUCUAGGUUAUUUUCCUUGACUACUUUGACAAAAUGUCCUAUUCAAGAGCUACUGAAGAUUUCCAACUCAGUAUUUUAGAGUUACAAUCUUUAUUUCUU